AUGGCUACAGAAGCAGCCAUGCAGCCUACAACGGGCCUCACAUCAACUCCUAACCCCGCACGAAGAUCAUCAGACUCAAGUGCUUCCGGCCACACUGCUGUGGACCACGAGAAAUAUCGACCCAACGUACGCGACCCGACACACGACGGUGAAGAUGUAGUCAACCUUCCCUUCCGAACGCUUAGCCAAGACGCCAAUCUCGCAGAGUAUACGCAAGAGACCAUCGAUGGACAGAUCGCACGAGUCCAUACAAACAAAACUGGCAAGACUGAGCGGUACGAGCUUGUCACCUGGAAAGUGGACGACCCUGAAAACCCUAAAAACUGGUCCAAAGCCUACAAGUGGUGGUGCACUAUGUGUGUCGCGAUCACGUGCUUCGUUGUGGCCUUCAACUCUGCAGUCAUCACCGCUGAUCUUGAGGGUGUCUCCGAGACAUUCAACGUUAGUGAGGAGGUGUCCCUUCUGACCAUCAGUCUUUUUGUUAUCGGUUUUGGCGUGGGACCCAUGGCAUUUGCGCCAUUCUCUGAGAUCUGGGGUCGUCGACCAAUUUACGGUGUUACGUUAUUCUUCGCUGUCGUUUUCACUAUCCCCGGAGCCCUCGCACCAAACAUUGGUUGCCUCCUGGCCACGCGUUUCAUCGCCGGUGUUGCUUUCUCCGCUCCAAUGUCGCUUGUUGGUGGAACUCUCGCCGAUCUUUGGAAGAAUGAGGAGAGGGGAGUUCCGAUGGCCGCGUUCAGCGCUGCUCCCUUUAUUGGUCCAGGAGUAGGGCCUCUUGUUGGAGGAUUCCUCGGCGAUGCCAUGGGCUGGCGAUGGCUCUACUGGAUUCAGCUCAUCCUCAGUGGUGCUGUCUGGUUUCUCAUUACCUUCACCGUUCCAGAGACAUACACUCCAACAUUGCUUGCCAAGCGAGCCAAAAAGAUGCGCAAGGAGACCGGCGAUGAGAAAUACGUCACUGAACAGGACAUCGACACAAGACCCUUCAGCCAACGGCUCACACUGUUCUUGAUCCGUCCUUUCCAGCUGCUCUUCCUCGAACCAAUUGUAUUCUUCAUCUCCCUGUACAUGUCGGUCCUAUACGGCUUGCUGUACAUGUUCUUCGUCGCCUAUCCUAUUGUUUACCAGAAGGGCAAGGGCUAUUCGGCUAGCACAACAGGUCUGAUGUUCAUCCCGUUGAUUGUCGGUGUCCUGUUGAGCGCAAUGUGUGCUCCCCUUGUCAACAAGCACUACAUGACGCUGGUACGCAAGCACAACGGCAAGCCACCCGCUGAAGCCCGUCUCUAUCCCAUGAUGGUGUCCUGUUGGUUCAUUCCUGUUGGACUCUUCAUCUUUGCCUGGACAAGCUACGCCGAUCUCCAUUGGGCGGGUCCGGCAUUCGGUGGCUUCCCUGUGGGUUUUGGUUUUAUCUUCCUCUACAACUCGGCCAACAACUAUCUUGUCGAUUCGUACCAGCAUCAGGCCGCCUCUGCACUCGCUGCGAAGACUUUCAUCCGAUCUUUCUGGGGUGCUGCUGUUGUCUUGUUCACCAACCAGAUGUAUGACAGACUUGGCGACCAGUGGGCUAGUUCUCUUCUUGGUUUUAUCGGUCUGGCUUGUUGCGCGAUUCCGUUUGUGUUCUUCUUCUUUGGCGCGAAGAUUCGUGCGAAGUCACACUACGCGUACAGCGACGACGAAGAGAACCAGGGCGAGAAGCAGAGUGCUUAA